AUGAGCAGGGCACGAGAAGCAGACCAGAAGAAGAAAAUGGAAAACGAAAGUAAAGUAAAUGGCUCCAAGUACCGGAAGAUAUCUCAUUUAAUUCAUAACCGGCGACAAUGUCCUGAUCAGAAACUACAAUAAAUCAAGAAAGUUUGACACUCUCUUCCUCCAGGAAGCGUUCAAGAUCAUUGAUAUGAACAGGGAGGGAAACAUAGUCACGGUACAACAAGAAGGAAGCGGUCUCACCCUGUGUCGCCACCCGGAUGAUCUCAAACCUUCGAAAAGUCGACCGGACAACCGCGAAGAGAAACAGGAGUGCAUGCAGUACGCCGAGAUCCAAUGGCCAGAAGUAAUUGAGCACGAUGACGACGAAAGCUACUGCCUGGAAAAGAGAGAUACAGCACCACCGCCUAGACGAAGUCAACGGAAAUGGACGACCAUUCCAGUUUACAAGUAAACACGAAUGUUUACGAACAGUAUUCAUUUUAUCUAUUUGUGAUAGGGGAUGAUGUAUAUGUAUAUAUUGUCGGUUAAUGUUGGACAAAGCGGGACAUCAGGAGCGAUGGUGGACAGUUAAAAAGAGCGGGAAAGGACGGAGGGAAAGAAACAUUACAUUGUAUACUAUGGGUUGAUAUUAUUAAAAGAGACGAACAAACCAGUUUAUAUUCCUGACUUAGUAAGAAACGGGCUUUAACGACAGGACAUAAGUAUCGCGCAUCGAACAGUAUCAUUGCCAUAAUUAACGGCAAUGGAAUGUUUGCAUGGAUUCCCAGCGUCCACGGUUUCUACAAAAAAGGAAAAUUUUGGCUUUGCAACAAAAAUAACCCCAAGAGUUGUGAAUUAUUUUGCCCUGAUCAAGACCGCUCGUUGUACGAAACGGCUAUGGCAAUGUGGAGAACGAAUGGACCAAUUCAUCCGGUGUGUGAUACUCACCAAAGACUAGCAAGAAUGAAAGUCGUCAAAGACGUUAGUAAACUGAACUUUGGAAGGCCGUUUUUUGUUUGUUGCGACCGCGAGAAUCCAUGUGAGUUCUGGCAGUGGGGUGACAGACACGAGUUGCCAAAACCAAAGUGCGGACACGGAUUGAAUGCUUGCGUGCGGAAAGUCAAAAAGGAAGGAGAAAAUCAAGGCCGCCUUUUCUUCUGUUGCCCAAACGAUCGAGAAAAGUCGUGCGAUUUUUUUUAA